CGAGCCGCCCGCCCGGCCGAAGCAUGUCCAAGCCCAGCGACCACAUCAAGCGCCCCAUGAACGCCUUCAUGGUGUGGUCCCGCGGCCAGCGGCGCAAGAUGGCCCAGGAGAACCCCAAAAUGCACAACUCGGAGAUUAGUAAGCGGCUGGGCGCCGAGUGGAAGUUGCUCUCCGAGGCGGAGAAGCGCCCUUACAUCGACGAAGCCAAGAGGCUGCGGGCGCAGCACAUGAAGGAGCAUCCCGACUACAAGUACAGACCCCGGCGCAAGCCCAAGAACCUGCUCAAAAAGGACAGGUAUGUCUUCCCUUUGCCUUACCUCGGGGAAACCGAUCCCUUAAAGGCCGCCGGGCUUCCCGUGGGGGCCACUGACUCUCUGCUGAGCUCCCCGGAGAAGGCCAGGGCUUUCCUGCCUCCCACCUCAGCACCUUACUCCUUACUUGACCCCAGCCAGUUCAGCUCCAGCGCCAUUCAGAAGAUGACUGAGGUUCCUCACACCUUAGCCACCAGCACCCUGCCCUACGCCUCCACCUUGGGAUACCAGAACGGGGCGUUUGGCAGCUUGAGCUGUCCCAGCCAACACACCCAUACUCACCCCUCGCCAACUAACCCGGGCUAUGUCGUGCCAUGUAACUGUACAGCUUGGUCGGCUUCCAGUUUGCAGCCUCCAGUUGCCUACAUAUUAUUCCCGGGCAUGACCAAGACUGGGAUAGACCCCUAUUCUUCAGCACAUGCGACUGCUAUGUAACACCCACCCACACCCCCACAGGCGUCCCCCCCGCCCCGAGCGAGCCUUGGGUUGCAGCCGGAACUGGGAUUCAUUCAUGUGCAUGUACAUAAAACCUGCAGAAGCAAAAUGCCACCCGAAGCAGGACUCUGCU